CAUGGAUGCUCAUACAAGUUUCGAUAAGCGGGCAAGUUUCGAUGAAAUGUGUUUGUUUAGAGAUGACCCUAAACCAAUUGGGAGAAUAAUACAUUCAAGUAGUUCUAAAAUUUUGUUACCAGAUAGCAAAAUUGCCAUUAAAAGUUGCGGAUUAGACGGAACCAUUAUGACGACGUUUAAUUUCGCAAAAGGGGGUAUCCACUGUGAUGGAACAUUAUCAGAUUGGAAUAGACAAGAAUGCAAUCCGUCGAAUACACUUCAAAUGAAAACCAAAUCUUGUUCCGAUACAGAGCAAUAUAAUUUAGAUUUUAACUGCGAAGCUUAUUAUAAGAUAAAUAAAGAUAAAAGUUAUCUGAUCACGAGCUAUGGAAAGCAUAAACCUCUCCAUUAUAAUUGCUGGGUUAUCGAUUUGACUCCCAUUAGAGGCUCUCAGUUUUCUUGGAUUCAAGCAGUUCGUAUGAGAGACGCUCAAUGUAGCUUAUUGCAUGCGAGAGAGCUAAUCGAUGUUUCAACUGUCGACGUUACAGUAUGGUUGCAAAAAGACACAAGGAAUGAUUCGCAUACAAUAUCUAUGAGACAAGAUAAGGAUCCAACAAUUUAUGAGAAGUACACAAAAGAUAAAAUAUUAAUUAUGCUAAGAUACGAUAAAAAUUCAAGGAUCAGAAAUGUGGAACGUCGAAAGGAUAUUAAAAAAGCAAGGGGAGAAUCUUCAGAAGCAUUUAAAAGAGCUUUUGAAGAAAGAGAUUACACGGAAUGUUGCUAUAUGCCGUCCGGUUCAGCCCAUUUAGGUCGAAUGAACAAUGGGCGACAAGAGGGAGUUACCGACCGCGUCUCUUCAGCUGGCUACAUGAAAAGUGACAAUCAGCCGAAAGGAGGUGGACGGUUCAAAAAGAAAUACGAAAAGAAAUUAGAGAAGGAGAGAAAUUUUAUGUAUCCUUCUCUUCCUCCACUUCCAUCGAAAGGAAGAUCGAUUGAAGAGGAAGUUAGAAGUUUUAAAUUAUGGAAUAGCUUAAAACCUACUGUUACUAAAGUACACGAUAGUCUCCCAACCUUAGAAGUGGUAUUAACCGAAAAAAUUGAAAUGAAAAGGAGCGAAAAUAAAAGGAGAGGAACGGUUUGUUUAGCUGUUAAUAGUCCAAACGUUGGACGGGGAGUUAUUGAUCCUCUAGCCCGGCGGGGCAGUAGAGCUCCUGCUCUCCCCUCUUUCCCAUUUACACUUGAUACUCCUAGAAUAGAGGAAUAG